AAACAGUUUACAUAAAAAAAACACGAGUUUGUUGGAAAUUACUCGUUCUGUGAGAAGGAUUUUUUGGACUUUUCUUAAAUUUAGCAUUAAUAAAAUACAAAAUAAUGUUUCGAAUGCCUCCACAAAUUGAUCCCGCCGAGGAAAAGAAGCGGGUACAAGCUGAUGUACGCAAUAAUUUUAUAAUGUUUACCGUUUUGUGUUUGGCCAUACGUCUGGCUCCGAUUGUUUUGGAUAAAGUUCAGGCAUAGCAUUUAAAAGAUUCAUCAGCAACUUGGGUCAAGCAUCAAAUGUCUUUAUUUUUUAAGACAAAAUGUUGACUGAAACCAAUGGUCUCCGAUGAGAAAAUUUUUUUGCAGUUAUACAGUUGCUUUUAUUCCUCAACAUAAUCAAGUUGAUUUUAAUUAAAUUAUGAGUGUUAUGUACUAGAUUGAAAUAAAUUAUUCAUUGUUAUUAACAAAA